AUGGGUGAGCGUCAAAAAGAAUUAGAUAAAAUACGACUCGCCUUGAGGCCCGGUCUUGGUACGAUUGGACAUCCCUUGCGCGUUAGGGCGAACUUUUUUGAAGUAACCUCCCUUCCGGUUAAUAAUAUAAUCCACUACGAUGUGACGAUUUCACCCGAGGUACCUCCUGCGUUGAAUCGCAAGGUAUUUGAGGAAUUUGAAAAGGAAAAUCGAGGUGGCGCCCUUGCUGGUAUCCGACCAAUUUUUGACGGUCGAAAAAAUAUCUUUGCACCUAGGCCGUUGCCUUUUGGUGAAUCAACCGCGUUUAGAGUAAAACUCCCCGAGGAUAAGAUACCUACGGCAAGACGUACUGUACGUGAAUUUACCAUAAAGAUCAAGAAAGUCGGAGAGAUAAUCAUGGAAGAGCUUUAUAACUUCCUACAAGGGAGGGGCCAGUUAACGAAUAAUUGUUUAACAGCAAUUAUGGCACUUGAUGUCCUCAUUGGACAUAACCCAUCCAUGCUAUAUGCAACUAAAGGCCGUUCAUUUUUCAUUCCUCAAGAUUCCCGACCCUUGUUUGGAGGAGUAGAAGUAUGGCAGGGUUAUUAUCAGUCUGCUCGCCCCACCACAGGUAGAAUGCAGAUUAAUAUCGAUGUCAGCGCCACAGCAUUUUACGAAGGUGGCGAGUUAAUAACGAUCGUUGUUAAAGCUCUUAACAAGAGAUCUCCAGAUGAUCUCCGCAGAGGACUCGACGAUAGAGAUCGAGUAAAACUUGAGAAGUUUUUAAAGAACCUAAAGGUUAGAGUCGUACAUCGUGGCGACGCCGUUUCUAUGCGUCGAUAUCGUAUCAGGAGUAUAACACCAAGGCCUGCAAAUGAAGCGACAUUUACGAAUAGCGAAGGCGAGGUUGUGGACGUUGCAACCUACUUUCAUCAAACGUACCACAGACCAUUAAGUUUCCCGUAUCUUCCGUGUGUGGUAGUUAAUAAGGAUAUGUUUCUUCCCAUGGAAGUAUGCCAAGUUAUUGAGGGACAACGCUAUAUGCGAAAGCUUAAUGAGAAACAAACGGCCGACAUGAUCAAAUUCACAUGUACACAACCUAAUAUUCGUGCAAAUAAGAUUAUACAGGGAUAUAAUAUUUUAAAUUAUCGUGAAAAUGAUCAUAUGAAGCAGUUUGGGAUGAAAGUCUCGAACCAAAUGACUGAAGUUUCAGCCAGAGUGCUUCCAGUGCCUACGGUUCAAUAUCACCCUUCCUCACGACCAUCAAGCAUUCAGCCAAAAGAGGGUGCUUGGAAUCUUCGAGGCGUAAAGGUUGCAGUUGGAACAACCCUUGGCUCAUGGGGUGUUUUGGUGUUUGCACCAAAGCACGUGAUAUCAGAAGAAAAAGUUAUGCAUUUCAUCAAGGAACUUAUAACGACAUGUCAAGAAACUGGCAUGAAUAUUCCGAAUCGUAAUCCACCAAUAAAUCACGCUAAUCCGCUAGGCGAUAUCGAAGGGUCGCUUAAAACCGCCUGGCUUAAUGCUGGAAACCGCGCUAAGGCGCAACCCCAAUUGAUAAUAUGUAUCUUACCGACCACUGAUGUACAGCUUUAUGGGAAAAUUAAAUAUGUUAGUGAUACGAUUAUAGGAGUCGCGACACAAUGCAUCCAGCAAAGACACAUGAUGAAUCCCAAAAAACAAUACUGUGCGAAUGUGUGUCUUAAGAUGAAUGUGAAACUUGGCGGUAUGAAUUCAUUUUUAAAGCCAGAAGAUAUUCCGUUCAUUUCAGAGCGUCCCACCAUUCUGAUGGGUGCAGAUGUUACUCAUCCCGCGCCUGGUACUGAGAGUGGAAAGCCAUCGAUAGCAUCUCUCUGUGCCUCCAUGGAUGCUAAAGCUUCUCGAUAUGCAGCUACAAUACGACUGCAAAGGGCCAAUGUGGAAAUAAUAGCAAAUCUAGGUGAUAUGGUUAAAGAGUUGCUUAAAACAUUUUAUCAAACAUGUGGUAGAAAACCUGAACGAAUCUUAUUCUACCGGGAUGGUGUGUCUGAAAGUCAGUUCAGACAAGUAUUAUACGAUGAAAUGAAUGCUGUCAAAGCGGCAUGUCAAUCCUUGGAGGUUGGUUACAAUCCAACCAUAACAUUUGUUGUUGUACAAAGACGACAUCACGUGAGAUUCUUCCCGAUGGAAAAAAAGGAUUCUGAUCGUUCUGGUAACUGCUUACCGGGUACCACAAUCGAUGACAAUAUUACUCAUCCAUUCGAAUUUGACUUCUAUUUGCAAAGUCACCCUGGUUUGCAAGGAACCUCCAAACCAACUCAUUAUUACGUUCUGUAUGAUGAAAACAGUUUCACUAGUGAUUCGUUACAAUCUUUAUCAUAUAAUCUCUGUUAUAUAUACGCUCGAUGCACACGAGCCGUUUCUAUAGUUCCCCCCGUCUAUUAUGCUGAUUUGGUUUGUGCGAGAGCACGUUUUCAUUCACGUGAUCAACAUUUGUCGGAUACAGAAUCAUCCGAGGAAGGUACUGGAGCCCCUCCUACAUAUGGAACUGUGAAUCCAGAUCUUGCAAAG